AUGACAGAAAAGGACGCAGAGCCAAAAGGCUUAAGCACGAAGCUAGGCGAGCUCACAAAAACGCUUAGAGACGUGACUGCUCAAAGGGACAUACCCACAGAAGAGAAGGCCAACUUGGAAAAGGCCCUUUACCUUAAAUUGUACGAAGAAAAAAAAGGCUCCAUCACCGAAUUUUUGAAUAAAGAAAAGAAAAAGGUGUACGACCAAAUGGAGAACUUUAAAAAUGAUGUCCUCCAAAAAAUUAACAUAAUAAAUGAAAAAAACGAAGACGUAAAAAAACAGGCAGAUAUAUUGACCACGGAGAGGAACAAAAAUUUAUGCUUCAUCAAAAACUUGGAAACGAAGCUUGAAAAUAUUAAAAAGGUCAUCAUGUGA